AUGCCUUUGCCCAUCAAGGGAAAAGUGUAUAAAGCUGCAGUGCGACCAGCAAUGCUAUAUGGAAGUGAGUGUUGGCCCCUGAAAAACCAGCAAGAAGAUAGACUCCAUUCCGCUGAAAUGAAAAUGCUGAGAUGGGCAGGGGGUGUGACUAGACUGGACCACAUUCAGAACACACAUGUUCGGGGCAGUUUCCGGGUGGCACCAGUCUAUGAGAAGAUAAUGGAAGGAAGGUUGCGCUGGUAUGGACAUGUAAAUAGACGUUCACCCAAUCACAUGACAAGGAAGGUACUUGAUAUGGAGACACAGCCAAGGGGCAGAGGCAGACCCCGUCUCACAUGGCUAGGUUUAGUUCAUAGAAAUAUGAAGCAGUUGGACCUGACAAAUCAGACGACCCAGGAUCGUUCGAACUGGAGACUGAGAUCAAGGAGAGCCGACCCCAAAUAA